GAAGUGAGGCUGAGAGUGCAGAGAGUGGGGCAGAGCAAUGGCGGCAGAUGAGGGGACCCCGCAGUGUCGGCGUGUGGGGAUCCUCGGCUACGGCCGGCUGGGGCGGUUCCUGGCGGCGCAGCUGCUGUCCCGUGGGCCCCCCCUGGGGGUGACGUUGGCCUUCGUGUGGGCGCGCAGUGGGGGGCGGUUGGAGGGGAUCCCCCCGGAGCUGCGCCUGCGGGACCUCCGGGGGCUGCAGCACACGGGGGUGGACCUGGUGGUGGAGGUGGCGCAUCCGUGUGUGGCCCAGCAGCACGGAGAGGACAUCCUGCAGCACGCCGACUUCAUGUUGGGGUCCCCCACAGCGCUGGCGGACCCCGAAACGGAGCAGCGGCUGCGGGGGGCGGCGCUGCGGGGGGGGCACACCCUAUACGUCCCCCGGGGGGCGCUGUGGGGCUGCGAGGACAUCCGGCGCAUGGAUGACGACGGGACGCUGGCGGCCCUGAAGGUGACGAUGACGAAGGCCCCGCAGAGCUUCCGCCUGCAGGGAUGGCUGCGGGAGCGCCUGGAGGCCGCGCUGACGUCGGGGGGCCGCGCCGUCCUCUACGAGGGUCCCCUGCGCCCCCUCUGCCCCAUGGCGCCCCACAACGUCAACGCCAUGGCGGCCGCCGCCGUGGCGGCUCCGGGCCUCGGAUUCGAUGGCGUCCAGGCCUGCCUGGUGGCCGACCCCGAUGUCCCCGACUGCCACGUGGUGGAGGUGGAGCUGAGGGGCGUUGGGGACGACGGCCGCUGUGUGCGCGUCACCUCCCGGCGCUCCAACCCCGCGCCCCACGGCGCCGUCACCGGGGACGCCACCCGAGGGGCCUUCUGGAGCUGCCUGCUGGCAUGCCGUGGGCACGGUGGCUGCGUGCAGCUCUGCUAAGAAGACCCCAUAAGGACCCCAAAUGUCCCCCCCCCCGGGAAUGGGGGACUGAAGACCCCAUAAGGACCCCAAAUGUCCCCCCCCCCGGGAAUGGGGGACUGAAGACCCCAUAAGGACCCCAAAUGUCCCCCCCUUGGGAUUGGAGACAGUGCCAAUAAAGGCCAAUGGAUGAGACCCCA